AACAAAUAAAGCCAAAGCUGCAACUGCACAAACAAGAAUACAAGAGAAAGAGCCAACGAUAGAAAACGAUAGUGGAUUGCGAUUGUGGAAUUAUGAAAGAAUUGGGUGAAUAAAAGGAAGACCACAGAACCAACUGUAAAUAAUCUUUAGAAUCCAGAGCGCUCAACAGGCCAAACAGCUGAUGAUACUCGUUCAUUGGGCAAACUAUACAUUAUUAUUCGUAUAGAGGUUUUGUUGCUUUGGAGCUUAAGAGCCAACAAAAGAGAGAGGCAAUCACCUGAAAGAGAGAGGCAUAGAGAGAUAGUUAGAAAGAGCCCACGUGCACUGAGCAAAACGGAGCAGAAACAUGAACAGCGAUGAGGUGCAAGUGAUCAAAAAGACCUGGGAGAUACCCGUGGCAACACCCACAGAUUCGGGUGCAGCGAUACUGCAGGAGUUCUUCACCCGUUUUCCGUCCAACUUGGAGAAGUUCCCCUUCCGCGAUGUGCCACUGGAGGAUCUAAGUGGAAAUUCUCGUUUUCGCGCACAUGCUGGCCGAAUCAUACGCGUCUUUGACGAUUCCAUCCGGGUCCUGGGUGAGGAGGGGGAUGUGGAGAAGCUGGAAGAGAUCUGGACCAAGAUAGCCGUCAGUCAUAUACCCCGUACCAUAUCCAAGGAAUCGUACAAUCAACUGAAAGGCGUGAUUCUGGAAGUGCUUACCGCAGCCUGCAGUCUGGACGAGAGCCAAGCGGCCACGUGGGCCAAGCUCGUGGAUCAUAUCUAUGGCAUUAUCUUCAAGGCGAUCGAUGAUGAUGGCAAUGCCGCCCAGUAGACGACGACGACGACGACGAUGAUGACAGUGGUUGCAACAGAUGGUGGCACGCGGCACCUGCCACACACACACACACACACACAAGAACACACGCAUGCACAGCUUAUGUAGUUUUAAGUAAAUGAUAAUUGUUAGUUAUUCUCAUUUUGUAUUCAUGAUUGCGAAUGUCCAAAACCAAAUACACUUUCAAUACUUAUAUA